AACUAUUUAGCAGUUACCUACUCGUAUUUAGACGGUGCGGCGCGGCGCGGAGCGGAGCGGUGUGAUUAGCCAGCUAACGUAGUGAAGUGAAUUAUUGUGGAAAAGCCGACGAGUUGAAGAUGGUGAACACGGUGCCGUCGUUGGUAUGGAAUUGGACGCUGUACGCUUGGCUGUGUACGCUCGUAUGGCUGUGUGCUCGCGUAUUCGCGUACCUGUGCAAAAAUAAACGACUGUACGGAAUGUUGCGAGUGUUCCCUUCGCCACCCACCUUGCCACUGAUCGGAAACGUACACACAGUCUUCGGUAACGCUAACGGUCGCGUAAAGAAAUUUUUACACAUAUACGACAAGUAUAACAAAUCGCCGAUAGUGGUCUGGUUAUCGUCGUUUUUGCCCAUGUUAAUACUGACCAAACUGGAAGACAUACAGACGGUGUCCAGCAGAUGUGUAGAUCGAGAUUCCAUGGGACUUUUGAAAGAUUCGAUCGGCGACGGCAUAGUUAUCGCUAGAGCGGAAAAAUGGAAGAAGACCAGACGACUGAUCAAUCCGGCUUUUUCGACCAGCAUGCUGCAGCAGUACGUGCUCGUAUUCAAUCAACAAGUGAAAAUUUUGGUGCGCAAAUUACGCACGGAAGCGGAUACCGGGCGUAUUUUCGACGUGUGGCAGUACAUGGCCAACGCCAAUGUGGACAUCAUCACGGAAAACAUUACCGGUAGCAAACUGAAAACGCAAGAAAAUUUAGGAAAUGAAUUUUCCGACGCUUUAGUGAAAUGCCUGAAAUUGGAGAGUUCGCGAUUGCUGUUACCGUGGCUGUUAUCGCCGUCGUUAUUCUAUCUGUACAGAGUGUGCACCGGCAAUAGGAAACUAUUCGAAACGCUGCAUAAAUUACCCAAACAAGUGCUGCAAUUUAAACUGCGAGAACACAAUUCGAAAAAAACCGGUAGCUGUGCGGCGACACCUAACCACCAAGCCGACCAACUGGAGCCUGAAGCCCAAGUCGACGUAACCGCAACAGGAACCAGAGUCGAAGCCGAACCCGAAGCCGAACCCAAAACAUUGAUCGACAUACUGCUACGCGUUCACGAGACUGAUGCGGCGGUGUUUACACAAAAGCAAAUACACGACGAAAUGUUGAACAUAAUCGUUACGGGUAGUGAAUCGACGGCCGUCAUGGGUAGUUUCGCCAUUCUAAUGCUGGCCAUUCAUCAAGACGCCCAGCAAAAAGCUUACGAAGAAGUGCGAAAAGUUGUGGGAGCAGACGGUAACCGCGAUUUGCUAAUGGACGACCUUGCCGAGUUGACCUACCUGGAGCAGUGUAUUAAAGAAACGUUACGCGUGUUCACCUUAUUCCCGAUAACUCUGAGGAAAACUAGCGAAGAUAUCAAACUGGCCGAUGAACGCGUGAUACCGAAAAAUUGUCAAGUGGCGAUGGCGUUGCACGCGAUACAUCGAGACCCGCACUUCUAUCCGAAUCCCAAGCAGUGGAACGCGGACAAUUUUUCGCCGCAAAAUGUCGCAAAGCGUCCGAAGAACAGUUUUAUACCGUUCGGUCUCGGCCCUAGAGCGUGUAUCGGCUCCAAAUACGCGAUAAUGUCGUUGAAAACUCAAAUGGCCGGCAUUUUGUACCAUUACCACUUGAGCACUUGCGUGAAAUUCCAACACAUCGUACCGUGCAUGGACGCCGUAGUCAGAAGUAAGCACGGUUAUCCCAUUCAGAUGAGUACGCGCAAGCCGACGUCGUCGGCGUCUCGCUCAAGCUAGUGCCGAAGCCGAUGCCGAAGCAGCAGUCACUCAUAAGCUAAGCUACGUGGCGUGGCGUGGCGUGGCGUGGCGGUGGGUCUGAUCACAGCUGAUGGAUCUACGAGAGGUGCGAAGCGAAACGAAACGAAACGAAUAGGUAGCCCAACCGAUCUCUGCAGUACUCGAGACCAUCCCCAUAAUACACAUACGAGUACUCGUACGAGUACCUAUACUCGUGUGGACAUGUACCUACAUAAUUAUAGCCUACAUACGAGAAGUAGGUACAUAUACUCGUACAUAUAACGAGCUACGUUCACGUGCUCGAAAGUCGAAAAUACACGCGUUUAAAAGAGAAAA